ACAGAGAGAGGGAAAAAAAAAAAAAAAAAAAAAAAAAAUCUAUAAUCACUGUCCCUUUCUCUCUCUAGUCUCUGCUCUGGAUCAGUUGCUGUCUCUGGAAGGAUCUUCGGCUACAAAAUCUCAAUGAUUCAUGGAUCCUGAACUUGCUGUGGACAUUCAAAAUGGUUUAGGAGAUAAUUCAACUGAUAUUGAGCUUGAACUUGGUAAUGAUGGCGCAAUGAUAGCAAGUUCAUUUGAAGAGGUUUCUUGUCUUGGACAAAAUGAUGAAAUGACUCAUGAAUCUUCUAGGGGGGGAGGAACUGUAGUUGAAGGAGAUGAACCAUAUGUGGGUCAGGAAUUUGAGUCCGAAGAAGCAGCACAUGCUUUUUACAGUGCGUACAGCAUGCGUUUUGGUUUCAUAACUCGGAUAAACUAUCUAUCUCGCUCUAAACUUGAUGGAUCUGUCAUUGGUCGAACAAUUGUUUGUAACAAAGAGGGUUAUAGAAAAGCUUAUAGGUGUGAUAUUAAUAAGAAAAACAUUAAGCCACGGACUCCCACUAGGGUGGGUUGCAAGGCAAUGCUUUCGGUAAGAAAACUAAGUACUGGAAAAUGGGUUGUCACAAAGUUUGUGAAGGAGCACACUCAUGCGUUGACUGCAGUGAACUCUCAAAACUGUUCAAUUAUAAAUCAAAUUCCGAAUGAAAACAUGAAGAUUCAAGAAUUAACUCAACAGCUGCUCCUUGAGAGAGAGCGUUCUGCUUCACUUAGAAAAACUAUAGACCUUCUGUUCAAUCACAUUGAAGAGCAUACACAAGAUCUGUCAAAAACGGUCCAGUAUAUAGCUGACAAGUGGUCACUUUAUAGUCUCACCAACUCUCCAAAAACAAAUGAGAUUAGGCUCAUGGAAGUGCAGUAUGUUGUGAAACAGUGCUGUCAUUCAAGACACAAGCAUGUGCUCAGCCGUUUCUCAAAAAAGAAAAAGAAAAAAAGCAUGUGCUCAGCCUUCAAGGAUUUUAAUGAUCAAAUAUCAGAAAAGGCCUAUGAACCUCUUUGAGAAAGCAUCAGCAUUAAGAGUUGCUGAAGAAGCUAAAGGAGAAGAGGAAGAUGACGAGGACGAAUUUUUUGGGGAUGAAGGUAGAAAGCUUGUUGCAUUAGCAUCUCUCUCUUCUUCAUUUAUUGUAUCCAGCAUCUUUCUUGCUUUGUACCUCAUGACACUAAUAUAUUGUGGAGGUGCAACCUCUGUUACAAACUUUGCUAUUCGAGAGUUUGCCAUCAAGGAGUUAAGUUGAAGCAUUAAACAAAAGGAGGGAGUACUGUUCUUGUAGGAAGAGGAUAUGAUUGUGGAUGAGCAUGAACACAAGCAAUGGGUGACAUUUAUAGGUGCAUUGCCUAAGCUUUGAUUUAGUCAGUAGUCCCAAUCGGUUUCAACAGUUAGUGCCGCCCUUAGCUUUUGAGAUUUAUUGCAUGGGCUUAAAUCUUGAUGUUUCCAAGACAUUUCCAGGAGAUAAGCUUAUAGAUGGACCAUUAUAUUUUUAUAUGUGCCAAUUUCUCUAAAA